UGGGGUCUCUUGAGGGCAGGUGCCAGGGUCGGUCUCCUGCUGGGUGUUGCUGCAGCCUCCCAAGGUAGCGGCGCUGGGACUUCGCCGCUCUGCACCCCCCAUCCUCGGGGUAGGAUCCUGGGACAGCAGAACAGAUGCAUCGUUUGGCAAUUGAUUGGACCCUGCACUUGAAAGAGGUCCAGGGAUGAUAUAUUUUGGGGCUGUAUUUCUCCACCCUGGAACUCAUGCAGUCUGUUCCAGAACAUUGACAGUCCUGCUUAUGUGACACACCCUCAGUAAAGGUCUGAUGGACAGACACUUUUUGUUGACCUUGCAGCUAUUUUCUUUCAUGUGGAAUCUUGAAGACAAGGUGACAGCAACCAAAAGUACCUGCUCUGGCGAAUAGAAGUGCUCCUCUGCGUUAUCAGAACAUGGGCCCUCGUUUAAAGUUCCAGCUGUGAUCCUUGGCUGUCUGUGGGCGUUGAAGGGACCUGAUGUUUUACGUUAUUGGUGGAAUCACAGUGUCUGUGGUUGCAUUCUUCUUCACAAUUAAGUUCCUCUUUGAGCUUGCCGCACGUGUAGUCAGCUUCCUCCAGAAUGAGGACCGCGAGCGCCGAGGGGACCGGACUAUUUAUGACUACGUGCGGGGAAAUUACCUGGAUCCCCGAUCUUGCAAAGUUUCCUGGGAUUGGAAGGACCCCUAUGAGGUGGGCCACAGCAUGGCCUUCCGAGUGCAUUUAUUCUACAAGAAUGGGCAGCCUUUCCCCGCACACCGGCCUGUGGGACUGCGAGUUCACAUUUCUCACGUGGAGCUAGCCGUGGAAAUUCCAGUGACGCAGGAAGUCCUACAGGAGCCCAGUUCCAACGUGGUCAAGGUGGCCUUCACUGUACGCAAGGCUGGACGUUACGAGAUCUCAGUGAAGCUUGGUGGACUAAAUGUGGCCUACAGUCCCUACUACAAAAUUUUUCAGCCUGGAAUGGUGGUUCCUUCCAAGACUAAAAUAGUAUGCCAUUUUUCUACUCUUGUGUUAACUUGUGGGCAGCCACACACCCUUCAAAUAGUACCUCGAGAUGAGUAUGACAACCCUACCAACAAUUCCACAUCCUUGAGAGAUGAACUCAAUUACAGUUUGUCCAUUCAUGAGCUUGGUCCUCAAGAAGAAGAAAGCACUGGAGUCUCCUUUGAGAAGUCAGUGACAUCCAACAGACAGACUUGCCAGGUGUUCUUGCGACUUACCCUGCAUUCUCGUGGCUGCUUCCAUGCCUGCAUUUCAUACCAAAGUCAGCCAAUCAAUAAUGGCGAAUUUGACAUUAUUGUUCUGAGUGAGACUGAGAAGAAUAUUGUCGAACGCAAUGUGUCCACCUCAGGAGUGAGUAUUUACUUUGAGGCUUAUCUUUAUAAUGCUACCAACUGUACCAGCACACCAUGGCACCUCCCACCCAUGCACAUGAGUUCUUCCCAGCGCCGGCCUUCCACUGCUGUUGAGGAGGAAGAUGAAGAUUCACCGUCUGAGUGUCACACCCCUGAGAAGGUGAAGAAGCCAAAGAAGGUGUACUGCUAUGUGUCACCAAAGCAAUUCUCAGUGAAGGAGUUCUACCUGAAAAUCAUCCCCUGGCGCCUUUACACCUUCCGAGUGUGCCCAGGAACAAAAUUUUCUUACCUUGGCCCUGACCCUGUCCAUAAGCUCCUGACGCUGGUGGUAGACGAUGGCAUUCAGCCUCCUGUGGAGCUCAGCUGUAAGGAGAGGAACAUUCUUGCUGCCACUUUCAUCCGCUCCCUUCAUAAGAACAUAGGAGGCUCUGAGACCUUUCAGGACAAGGUAAACUUUUUCCAACGAGAGCUUCGACAGGUACAUAUGAAAAGACCACAUUCCAAAGUCACCCUGAAGGUCAGCAGGCACGCCUUGUUGGAGUCAUCUCUGAAAGCCACUCGUAAUUUCUCCAUCUCAGAUUGGAGUAAGAACUUUGAGGUGGUUUUCCAAGAUGAAGAAGCUCUGGACUGGGGAGGACCUCGCCGGGAAUGGUUUGAGCUAAUCUGCAAAGCACUAUUUGAUACCACCAGUCAGCUCUUCACACGAUUCAGUGACAAUAACCAAGCAUUAGUGCAUCCCAACCCCAAUCGCCCUGCUCAUCUUCGCUUAAAGAUAUAUGAGUUUGCCGGGAGAUUGGUGGGCAAGUGUCUCUAUGAGUCCUCUCUGGGAGGGGCCUACAAGCAAUUGGUCCGAGCUCGGUUCACCCGUUCUUUCUUGGCCCAAAUCAUAGGAUUACGUAUGCAUUACAAGUAUUUUGAAACAGAUGACCCAGAAUUUUACAAAUCUAAAGUUUGUUUCAUCCUCAACAAUGACAUGAGUGAGAUGGAGCUGGUCUUUGCCGAAGAGAAAUAUAACAAGUCAGGACAGUUGGAUAAGGUUGUAGAACUCAUGACAGGUGGAGCUCAAACCCCAGUCACCAAUGCAAAUAAAAUCUUCUAUCUAAAUUUACUGGCUCAAUAUCGGCUGGCCAGUCAAGUGAAAGAGGAGGUGGAACAUUUCCUGAAAGGCCUGAAUGAGUUGGUCCCAGAGAACCUUUUGGCUAUCUUUGAUGAAAAUGAACUUGAGCUGCUGAUGUGUGGGACUGGGGACAUCAGUGUGUCUGACUUCAAAGCCCAUGCAGUGGUUGUCGGAGGCUCAUGGCAUUUCAGAGAAAAGGUCAUGAGGUGGUUUUGGACUGUGGUUUCCAGUUUGACCCAGGAGGAGCUAGCUCGGCUACUUCAGUUCACAACAGGCUCCUCUCAGCUACCACCUGGAGGCUUUGCUGCCCUCUGCCCCUCAUUCCAGAUUAUUGCUGCGCCCACCCACAGCACGCUACCAACGGCACAUACAUGUUUUAACCAGCUGUGCCUCCCUACGUAUGACUCGUAUGAAGAAGUGCACAGAAUGCUGCAGCUGGCCAUCAGCGAGGGCUGCGAGGGCUUUGGCAUGCUCUGACCACUCCUGCCGUUCACUUGGCCCCUGUACUCUCCAGAGCAUCUGGGUGCACCUUACAGACGUCAUAACCACUGACCCUAACACACACAUAACCAUCAGCCAGAAGGUGCUGCAUGCUCCCCUGUGUCUGGAGGAUUUAGGCACCUACAAGCCUUGUCCUUCCCUCGCCCCCUUCCUGUCCAUCUUCCCCACUGGUCACUUUAGCAUGGUACGUAAUUCGAGCUACACAUUCAGUCAUGAGAAGAGAGAGGCCUGUGCUGCUGUAAUUUCAGUUGGUUCUCAGAGGAUCUCAGUGGAGGGAGUGACUAGAGUGACCGCGGGAGAUGACACAAAAGCUUUGGCUCAUCUAGAAAGCUGGCGUUCCCUCGCCUUCCUCAGCCGCCUUCGCUGAUGCUCUUAGAGGUCGCUUCCGUGGCCCUUGCAACUUGACCUGAGGUGUGUAAGUCCUUCUGAUGGACAGCUUAAUUACCUCCUCUCACGUGGGGCCGGGAGAAGCAUGAAUAGGAUGACCCACGUGAGCAAUCUUCAGCUUUGUCCCUCCAUGCUACAUCAGGCACAGGCUGUGACUCUGGACUACCUCUAACGGGGGCUGAUAGCACUGGACGAUGUUUCUGUGGUGUCAGAACUGGAGAGGAAACUUUCCCUGCAAGUGUUUCUGGAAAUGAUCAUUAGCCUACAAAGAAGAGCUGUGUGAGCUUUUUCUUGAGUAUGAGCCAGUAAGAAAAACAGACAGACCUAAGAAUGUGAAAGAUAGCUGGGCUGUAGCCUUCAGUGAUGAAUGUGAUUCUGCUCUGGGGCUAAGGGGCCUGUUUAGGCACAUGACUGGCUCAGAGACUACUGAUGCUUCUCCUGCGUUUGUUCUUUACAGUGAGGUAUGGCUGGGCCUGGCCACUUAACCUCCAGCUUAUGCAACUGGGAAGAGCUGGGGAUUAUUUUCCUUUUUUGCUAAAGAAAAUGUUUAGUAAGGGACAGUAAGAAUAGCCUAUCCUCACUCCCCAUUUCUGUCUUUGCUUGGUGGUCCCUGGCAGCACUGAGGCAAGGGAAAAGGAAUCAGUUGGUUUAGUGCUUAUGACAGGUCCUUCAGGUCAGGACCUUGGGACACGCACAGAGGAGAUAAGUCUGACAAUAAAUGCCUCUCUGUCCUGGUUAUCUCCCUCCCUCCAUCACUUGCUAGCAAGAGGAACUAAGGAGGGAGGAAGAUAGGUUCACUGUUGUGCGAUGAUUGAAGAGAACCUGCAGCUGCCUCUGGAAAGAUGACAGCAUCCUCUUUCAACAGUUUGGAUGAAAACAUUUUCAAGGCUCCAAAUCUCAUCAACUUCCCAAAUUUCUGUUCUCAAGAAGGAUUUGCUGCGAGCUACUAUUCCCAUUGGGGCAUUCAACUGAGAAUAUUACAAGCCAUCUGUCGUGCCAAAACCAGCAAGUGCGGAGUCCAGAGAGAAGGCAAGACUCGUGGCUAAGCCUCAGCCUCCAGGAAGCGUGUCUGAGCCCUUCUGUUCCCAGGGGUCACAAGGAACAAGCCCUCCUGAGCUGCUACAUUCCUGCCUGACCUCAUUUCUUCGCAGUUGUCAUUUGUCCUAGGUGUGGGUGCUGACCUCACUCCUCCAUGGGUCUCAGAUCCAGCAUGGGCCUCUGUGCCCCAGGGUCCUCCAUGCCACGUGGUCACUGCUCUCCUCAGGGACCAGGACAGGGUGCUGCUGCUUACCCCAUCGCUUUCCCUUGGGGUCAGAAGGCAAGUUUCGUCAUCAUCCUGGGCAACGCAGUGCUGUCCCAGGGCCCCAGGUGUUCCCGGCUGGGGGCAGGUGGACCGGCUCUGCUGUCUUUGGCAGUUGUCCCUCGUGAUUCUGCAGUCUCCCCUCCAGCAGCUCUCCAGAGACGGGUGCUGGAGCGUGAGUUGAUUUUCUUGGCUAGAUCUGUCAUUUUAAGCACUAGUCAUAGCGCUUUUCAGAGCGUCUUGGGCACCAGCUGGCGUAGCUGCGCCCUUAGCCCCAGAGUCUUUGUUUAACAAAACCCUUUGGUACUGUUGUGGUUUUCUAUUUUCCCUCCACUUCACUCUCUUAGUUCUGUUCAAAAGUAUUUUGCUCUUUUUGACCUUUCUUUUUCCCUUUUACCCCCCUAAUCCUAGCUAGAAUGGGGGUUGAAAGUACAAUAUUCAGAGAAAAGGAAAAGUGUUUGUUAUUUCUUGGGCAAUUUUUAAAUUCACAGUUCUUAUUUUGGCUGGUUCUUUAAUUUUUGCCCCUGUGGCCCAGGUACGGAGGGUGGGGGUUGGAGGGGCAGCUAACCUUCUGACCUUUUUGUGUCUUUGAAGGAGCCAGGCACCAAGUGAACACCAUAGAGAGUGUCGGCAUGUUUCUAGAACUUCAGCAGAGAUCAAGCCCUGCUGCAAAAUUGUCGGGCCAGGCAAAAGGGCCAGACAGUUGCAGUCAUAGUGUAAAUAUUUUGUACAGUAAAUAAAUCACUUUAAAAGGACAAAGGAGCAAGUGACUGUUUUGAGUGGUGGUUCAGCGCUAAAAUUGGAGAUGGGGACAGAAAGAAAAAUUUAGAAAUGGUUUUGUAUUUUCCCAGUGAUUGCUUCAGAAACAGUUAGCUUGGUAUAGAACAUACACGAGAUCCCUGGCAGUCCCAGACUUUGCCCUUUCACCCUCCCCUGACUGCUGUCCAUGGUGCCAGGCACAGAGAGUCCAGUAGAUGGGUGUGUGCUUGUGCUGAGCUCCUAAAGAGGAAACUGGUUUGGCAAGCAUCUUUUCUCAUCAAUCUUUUGAACAUGAAUUUAUUGUUGUUUUACAACAUAAGAAACUGAGUGUAGAGAAUUUAGAAAUAAAAGUACAAGGGAAA